GUUAACACAAUACAUGAGCAAGGAGUUACGGUAGAUUUUGUUUUCUCAGGUUCCAUUAAAUGUCAACUACACUGCAAAAAUUCAGUAUUUUGAUUAGUCACAACAGACCAUGCUAUUUUAGGUAGUAGUUAUCAAUUAUAAUGACAGAUGAAAAACCUAAGAAUAUUUAUUGUUGCCCUGACAGUCAUUAUUAUUUCUGCUGGGAUCAAAAAGAAAAAGAACAAAUAGAAUGGAAUAUAUGAGACAGCAAAUACAAGACAGAACCAUGUUGGGCUGUUCAAAUCUUACAAGAGAGAUUUUAAACAUGAACUGAAGGAGUCGCUAGAUACCCUUAGUUUUACCACAAGGUGUUCAUAUUAAAGUGCUCAGACAGUCACAUUAUUUGAUUGAUUUGCCUGCUACACUGCAGAACUGGGCAUUCAUAAUACUUAUUUUUUGACACUGCAGUUAUGCCUCCAUCUUACCAAAAACAUCAGUGCCCACUUAAUGCCUUUGAAAAAUGUAGGUUUAUUUUCAAAUCAGCAUUUUAUAAUAUUUAAGAAAAGUAGAUAGAAGAAAACAUUAUAAUGGAGUGAAAACAUGAAAUUGUUUACUUGUUCCUGGAGGAAAUGUACUCAUCUCAUUCCUUAUAAAAAAUAUCUUCAAAUAAGAUAUGUUCUUAUCACUUUCUAAUAAGUUUUAACCUAUGUUCCUGUUAACCAGUUAUGAGAAAAUUUAAUUUUAAGCUACAGAUCUUGCAGUUUGCCUUUUGUGCUUCUUGAUCACUUAAAAAUAUUAAUAUGUAGUAAUAUAUUUAUUACUAUCUAUCUGGGUUUUGUUUACUAAUAUAAAAUAUUAGGAUUGGAUAUUUUUACCUAUAUAUCUGGGGGAGUAAAAUUUAUUUUUAUAUUUAAAGACUAUAUUUCUGUACCUUUUUCUUAAAUAAAUUGCUACUUGUGAAAGCCAAGACAGUCACUGCCUGGGGACUCUUAAGUAUUCUGACCAGAACACUAGAAAAUAAUAAGGCAUUUUUAGACAAAACGGUGACACUCAGUGUUACUCCAGCUGUAAUACCAUAUUAUACCUUUUAAAGAAAAACAUAUUCAGAAAACCAAAAUGAGAAGAAAGUUGGGCAUAAAUAACUGAAGACAUUGGAAUUUGCUGCACCAAUUCAAACAUCAUUGUCUUUAUACAUUAUGCCAAUUAUUUUAGAUGAGCUAAAAAAAAUGGGUGGGAAAAUGAUUCCUUUAUUUUAAUAGUUUUCCCAUAAAAAUUUCUAUGAAAAAUUUUUUUUCUCAUAGAAACUUAACUCAAGUUUUUAAAGACUAUCCUCACCUCUCCAAUUGCGCUCCAGUCUAUAGUCAAUAUUCCUGGAUAAAAUUUAAAAAUUAUAAAUAAGACCCUCUUUCAACCUGAACAGAAGUUGUAUUUGCAGUAAAUUCCUCAGACCACUUCUUUUUUUACAACUCCUAGGCGAAAUGAUUUUGAUUUAGCUUGUCCUUUAUUAAAAUUCAUCAGUUGAUUGUAAGAAGUCAGCUUGCAUACACCAGUCACUCUCUUAGCAAAGACUCUUAUUGAAAAUAAAAGGACUCUCUUCCAAGUAAAUAAAUCCGACUUCUUUCUUGGAACUCAAGGCGGGUGAUCAGAUCGGUUGCAUAAUAGAUAUUGGGAAGCUAACUGGCAGGGAGCCUUAAGAGGCAAGCAGCUAUCUCAAUUUUUCUCACUUAAUCUUGGCUUCACGUCAGAAGCUGUGCAGCAGUGCAGUAGAACAGGGCCUGGCAAAACCUUUGCGAGCAAAGAGCCUUUUGUGCUGGGACCGUGGCUCGCUACCGACGCUUAGGCGGUUUCCAAGGCUGGAUUUCCUAUUGAUUUUCCUCCUCCUUCGCCUCCCCAGGCUCGCGCGGCCGGGCAUUGUGGGUGUGCGUGCUGGAUUUCUCCCGGAUGCUUCCCGACUAACAUGGAUGUCCCACCAUCCCUUGCAGUGGAAGGUUGCUCCUUGGCGCAGUGAGUGAAGAACAUGCAGCGAUUGCUAAUGGGUUUGGGAAGCGGAGACUCCUUCCUCUCUCUGUGACCAUGCCGUGAUCGUGUCCGCGGCCACCACCCGACGCAUCCUCAUUGCUACCCGAGCCGGGAACCUAACGCUAGAUCGGGGAAGUGGGUGCCGCGCGUGUGGACACAGAAACACCAUGAAGAUUAUUUCCCCGAUUCUAAGUCAUACAGUCGUCAGGCGCACCAUUAAACUCCUGCUCUGCUUACUGUGGAUUGGAUAUUCUCAAGGAACCACACAUGUAUUGAGAUUUGGUGGUAUUUUUGAAUAUGUGGAAUCUGGUCCAAUGGGAGCUGAGGAGCUUGCGUUCAGAUUUGCUGUGAACACGAUCAACAGAAACAGAACCUUAUUGCCCAAUACCACCCUAACCUAUGACACCCAGAAGAUAAAUCUCUAUGACAGUUUUGAAGCGUCCAAGAAAGCCUGUGAUCAGCUCUCUCUCGGGGUGGCUGCCAUCUUCGGGCCUUCGCACAGCUCUUCAGCAAACGCUGUGCAGUCCAUCUGCAACGCCCUGGGCGUGCCCCACAUUCAGACCCGCUGGAAGCACCAGGUGUCAGACAACAAAGACUCCUUCUAUGUCAGUCUCUACCCAGACUUCUCCUCGCUCAGCCGUGCCAUUUUGGACCUGGUGCAGUUCUUCAAGUGGAAAACUGUCACAGUCGUGUAUGAUGACAGCACAGGUCUCAUUCGUUUGCAGGAGCUCAUCAAAGCUCCAUCAAGGUACAAUCUUCGACUUAAAAUCCGUCAACUACCUGCUGACACGAAGGAUGCAAAACCCUUACUAAAAGAAAUGAAAAGAGGGAAGGAGUUCCACGUGAUCUUUGACUGUAGCCAUGAAAUGGCAGCAGGCAUUUUGAAACAGGCAUUAGCCAUGGGAAUGAUGACAGAAUACUAUCAUUAUAUUUUUACCACUCUGGACCUCUUUGCGCUUGACGUGGAGCCCUACCGAUACAGUGGCGUUAACAUGACAGGGUUCAGAAUAUUAAAUACAGAGAACACGCAAGUCUCCUCCAUUAUUGAAAAGUGGUCAAUGGAACGGUUGCAGGCGCCUCCGAAACCCGAUUCAGGUUUGCUGGAUGGAUUUAUGACGACCGAUGCUGCCCUAAUGUACGACGCAGUGCACGUGGUGUCUGUGGGCGUCCAACAGUUUCCCCAGAUGACAGUCAGCUCCUUACAGUGUAACCGACACAAACCCUGGCGCUUCGGGACCCGCUUUAUGAGCCUGAUUAAAGAGGCACAUUGGGAAGGUCUCACAGGCAGAAUAACUUUCAACAAAACCAAUGGUUUACGAACAGAUUUUGACUUGGAUGUAAUCAGCCUCAAGGAGGAAGGUCUGGAAAAGAUUGGAACUUGGGAUCCAGCCAGUGGCCUGAAUAUGACAGAAAGUCAAAAGGGAAAGCCAGCCAACAUCACAGAUUCCUUAUCCAAUCGUUCUUUGAUCAUUACCACCAUUUUGGAAGAACCCUACGUCCUGUUUAAGAAGUCUGACAAACCGCUCUAUGGGAACGAUCGAUUUGAGGGCUAUUGCAUUGACCUGCUCAGAGAGUUAUCUACAAUCCUUGGCUUUACGUAUGAAAUCAGGCUUGUGGAGGAUGGCAAAUACGGAGCCCAGGAUGAUGCUAAUGGACAGUGGAAUGGAAUGGUCCGUGAACUAAUUGAUCAUAAAGCUGACCUUGCAGUUGCUCCGCUGGCGAUUACCUACGUUCGAGAGAAGGUCAUCGACUUUUCCAAGCCGUUUAUGACCCUUGGAAUAAGCAUUUUGUACCGCAAGCCCAAUGGUACAAACCCAGGCGUCUUCUCCUUCCUGAACCCCCUCUCCCCUGAUAUCUGGAUGUAUAUUCUGCUGGCCUACUUGGGUGUCAGUUGUGUGCUCUUUGUCAUAGCCAGGUUUAGUCCCUAUGAGUGGUAUAAUCCACACCCUUGCAACCCCGACUCAGACGUGGUGGAAAACAAUUUUACCUUGCUAAAUAGUUUCUGGUUUGGAGUUGGAGCUCUCAUGCAGCAAGGUUCUGAGCUCAUGCCCAAAGCGCUCUCCACCAGGAUAGUGGGAGGCAUUUGGUGGUUUUUCACACUUAUCAUCAUUUCUUCGUACACUGCUAACCUAGCCGCCUUUCUGACAGUGGAGCGCAUGGAAUCCCCCAUUGACUCUGCGGAUGAUCUAGCCAAGCAAACCAAGAUUGAGUACGGGGCCGUGGAGGACGGGGCGACCAUGACUUUUUUCAAGAAAUCAAAAAUCUCCACAUAUGACAAAAUGUGGGCCUUUAUGAGUAGCAGAAGGCAGUCGGUGCUCGUCAAAAGUAAUGAAGAAGGAAUCCAGAGAGUCCUCACCUCUGAUUACGCUUUCCUAAUGGAGUCAACGACCAUCGAGUUUGUUACCCAGCGGAACUGUAACCUGACACAGAUCGGCGGCCUUAUAGACUCCAAAGGUUAUGGCGUGGGCACCCCCAUGGGUUCCCCCUACAGGGACAAGAUCACCAUAGCGAUUCUCCAGCUGCAGGAGGAAGGCAAGCUGCACCUGAUGAAGGAGAAGUGGUGGAGAGGCAACGGGUGCCCCGAGGAGGAGAGCAAAGAAGCCAGUGCCCUGGGGGUGCAAAAUAUCGGUGGUAUCUUCAUUGUUCUGGCAGCCGGCCUGGUGCUCUCAGUGUUUGUGGCAGUGGGAGAGUUUUUAUACAAAUCCAAAAAAAACGCUCAGUUGGAAAAGAGGUCCUUCUGUAGCGCCAUGGUGGAAGAACUGCGGAUGUCUCUGCAGUGCCAGCGCCGGUUAAAACACAAGCCGCAGGCCCCGGUGAUCGUGAAAACAGAGGAAGUCAUCAACAUGCACACAUUUAACGACAGAAGGUUGCCAGGUAAAGAGACCAUGGCGUAAAGCUGGGAGACCAAAUACCCAAGCACAAACUGUCGUCUUUUUUCCAAACAAUUUAGCGAGAAUGUUUCCUGUGGAAAUAUGCAACCUGUGCAAAAUAAAAUGAGUUACCUCAUGCCGCUGUGUCUAUGAACUAGAGACUCUGUGAUCUAAGCAGUUGCCGUGAUCAGACUUGAUGUACAAGCAUCAUGGAUCGACCCAGUCACACAGGGUUACACUGUCGUGGGCUCCUCCUCCCUUCUUCUGAGUGAAUGUGACAUGCGCAUCUCGUGGCUGGUUUCAAAUGCAGUCCAGUAAGAAAUUACAGGUUCCUUUUGAAGUCCAACUGUUGCCAGGAGAUGGAAUAUCAAUGCCCCAAGCGUAACCAGUAAAAAAAAAAAAACAUUAUGAAUAAAAAUACCUGGAAUGAGCAAAAACUGUAGUGUUAAAA